UGUCGUGAUGCCACGCCGAGCUGCACAGGCGCUGCAACUACCAGUAUUUGCUAUAUCCGGCCGGCGCCUUUACCCUUUCUGUCCGCCCCCCGCUUUCCGCCCGCCUGCCCUCUCGAAUCUGCCGCCGUCAGUGCUGUGCGCGCCCUCACUGCCCCCUGUGCGCUGUCCGGCAGUGCCUCCGAUAUCCCCGGCUGCCCCAUGAAGCGAUGGCAGCGGACAACUUCAGCAAGGUUCAGAUAGGGAUCUACGUGGAGAUCAAGCGCAGCGAUGGCCGAAUUCACCAAGCUAUGGUAACAUUUCUAAAUGAAGAUAAUGAAAGCGUAACUGUUGAAUGGAUUGAAAAUGGAGAUACUAAAGGCAAGGAGAUUGACUUGGAGAGCAUAUUUUUACUUAACCCAGAUCUUGCACCUGAUGAUGAUAUUGAACCUAGUCCAGAGACACCACCACCUACUUCAGCAGCUAAAGUAUACAAAAUCAUGAAGAGUCAACGAACCACGGCACCUAUUAAGAAUGACAUUCCUGCCAGAGAUAACAGAG